GUUUAAGAGUAUAAAACUUAAAAAUUAAGACGAACGGUUAUAGUAUAACUGACAUCUUCAGUGGAGUCAGUACUAACAAAGAUGGCGCGUUUUAUAUUAUUCGUGGCCCUUGGUGCACUAUGCAUCAUAAACGCGAGAGCAUUAUUGCACCACCACCAUUUGCCCCUAGGCCAUAAAGCCUUAGGCCACAAGGCCUUAGGCCACAAAUCUCUAGAUCAUUCCGAAUCUAGUUCCGAAUCUAGCUACUCUAGUAGCUCCGAGUCAAAUUUUGAGUCAAGUUCCGAGUCGAGUUACAGCAACAACUAUCAAAAUAACAACAACAACAACAAUGGUAACAACAACAACGGAAACUAUUACAGUAGCUCGGAGUCUAAUUAUUACAGUAGUUCCGAUUCCAACCAAGAAUCUAGCUCAGAAUCCAGCUAUAAUAAUUACUAUAGCAGUUCAGAUGCGUCAAACUCGUAUGAAUCUAGUUCCGAAUCCAGUUUUAAUAAUUAUAAUAGCAAUUCAGGGUCUAGUGCCAACAGCAACUCACAAUCAUCCAGCUCGAGUGAACAGAACUCAGGAGGCGAUGGAACGGGCGCCUGGAAGAAAAUAUGGCAGUUGUACCAACAGUACUUGCAAAAAGAGACCGCAAGCAACAGUCAAUCUUCAAGCAGCUCUAGUAGUCAAUCUAAUUCCAACAGUAACAAUGGACAAAGCUCAAGCAACGCUGGUUCUGCAAGUCAAUCUCACGCCAACAGCGGUGCCAAUAACAAUGGUCAAUCUUCUAGCAAUGCAGGAUCAAGCAGCCAAUCUAAUGCCAAUAGUCAAUCCAAUAAUGGCCAGAGCUCAAGCAACGCCGGGUCUGCAAGUCAAUCUAACGCCAACAGCGGUGCUAAUAACAAUGGUCAAUCUUCUAGCAAUGCAGGAUCAAGCAGCCAAUCUAAUGCCAAUAGUCAAACCAAUAAUGGCCAGAGCUCAAGCAACGCUGGUUCUGCAAGUCAAUCUAACGCCAACAGUGGCACCAAUAACAAUGGUCAAUCUUCUAGCAAUGCAGGAUCAAGCAGCCAAUCUCAUGCCAAUAGUCAAUCCAAUAAUGGUCAGAGCUCAAGCAACGCCGGCUCUGCAAGCCAAUCUCACGCCAACAGCGGUGCUAAUAAUGGUCAAUCUUCUAGCAAUGCAGGAUCAAGCAGCCAAUCUAAUGCCAAUAGUCAAACCAAUAAUGGCCAGAGUUCAAGCAACGCAGGGUCUGCAAGUCAAUCUCACACCAGCAGUGGCACCAAUUACAAUGGUCAAUCUUCUAGCAAUGCAGGAUCUAGCAGCCAAUCUCAUGCCAAUAGUCAAUCCAAUAAUGGUCAGAGCUCUAGCAAUGCUGGUUCUGCAAGUCAAUCUCACGCCAGCAGUGGCACCAAUAACAAUGGUCAAUCUUCUAGCAAUGCCGGAUCAAGCAGCCAAUCUAAUGCCAAUAGUCAAACCAAUAAUGGCCAGAGUUCAAGCAACGCCGGGUCUGCAAGUCAAUCUCACGCCAACAGCGGUGCUAAUAAGAAUGGUCAAUCUUCUAGCAAUGCAGGAUCUAGCAGCCAAUCUAAUGCCAAUAGCCAAACUAAUAAUGGUCAGAGCUCAAGCAACGCCGGGUCUGCAAGCCAAUCUCACGCCAACAGCGGUGCUAAUAACAACGGUCAAUCUUCUAGCAAUGCAGGAUCUAGCAGCCAAUCUAAUGCUAAUAGUCAAUCCAAUAAUGGUCAGAGCUCUAGCAAUGCUGAUUCUGCAAGUCAAUCUCACGCCAACAGCGGUGCUAAUAACAAUGGUCAAUCUUCAGGACAGUCUUCUAGCAAUGCUGGAUCAAGUAGUCAAUCUAAUGCCAAUAGUGGUACCAACAAUGGGCAAAGCUCAAGUGGUGCUAGCUCUGGAAGUUCUGCUACAGCUGGUUCCGGAGCUGGAGCUGGAUCAAGACCUCAGACCGGCCCAGCCCGUCCAGGUCCACGACCACUAACAGGAGCUUCUUCAACGUCAUCUAGCCAGUCGAGCUCAACCAGCACUAGCCAAGCUGGUUCCUCGCAGCCAGCGCAAUCAUCAUCAUCAUCUAGCAGCCAAUCAACUGCUUCUAGCACUGCCGGAAGACCAGGCACUACCACGGUAUAUACGUCAAAUGGAAACUCAGGUCAACCUGGACAGACGACAACUACCACAACUUACACGUCCUCACGAGGUGUUCCACAAGGUUCCUCAGCCGCAGCGGCAAGCUCUUCUGCUGCCUCUAGCUCUGCCGGACAAAAUUCCGGUAGACCAACAUCAGCUGCGGCCUCAUCCAACAGUGCUGCAGCCGCAACCAGCUCAUCUGGGUCAUCAACUGCUUCAAGCUCAUCCAAUUCUGUAUCAGAAGCAUUUGCCGCUGCAAACCCUAAUUUGACUGAAGAUCAGCUUUGGGAAUUGUGGCUUUGGUAUCAGAAUAAGAACCGCCAACCUGGCACGCAAACAGGGUCAAGUGCCUCAUCCAGCAGUUCUUCAAGCGCUUCGAGCUCAUCCCGACCAGGCUCAACAACUUAUACUACAACUAAUGAACAACCAGGAGAAUCAGGGGAAACCAUUACUACUGUCACUUACACGACUUCGCCUGGACAAUCAGGGUCAACAGCGUCGUCCAGUAGUUCAUCAGGAGCUAGCAGCUCUGCUGGUAACGGAGUUCGACCUUCCCAAUCCGGAGCAAAUGCGUCUUCAGCCAGCCAAUCUUCAGCUACCAGCACUGCGAAUCGACCAGGUCAAACUGGAUCCAGCGCCUCAUCAUCUAGCAGUUCAAAUGCUUCAAGUUUAGCCGGACGACCUGGAACCACCAAAACUUACACAACAAAUGACCAGGGAGAACAGGAAGAGACUAUAACGACCAUCACUUACAACUCAUCCCCAGGGCAAUCAGGUUCGUCAGCAUCGUCUAGUAGCACAUCAAAUGCCUCUAGCACUGCUCAGUCAGGUUCUGCAGCUCAAUCCGGGUCUAACGCUUCAUCAGCAAGCUCUUCCAAUGCCUCAAGUUCAACUCAGACAGGCGCAAACGGCAACUCAGGACAAAAGACUAUUAUAUACACGACUUCAGGCAAUGACGGGUCACAAGGUUACGGACAGGGAACUUCAGCUUCUUCAUCCAGCUCAUCAAACGCCAGCAGCAAUGCUGGAACUGCUGGAAAUCGAGGCUCGACUGCUUCUUCAACGGCCUCUAGCGGAUCAACAGCGACCAGCCGGGGACAGUCGGCAGCCAGUUCAAGUUCCAGCUCUUCAGCUACUGCUGGAAACUCACCCUGGACAAGGAGAGGGAAGACCAAGAUCUGCGUCUGCUACGACGAUUUGCACGAUAUCCCUGGGAACGUGCGCGCGCAAGUCGGCGCUUAAACGCCAUCUUGUUUAGCGACAAAAUGGCGGAUUUUGUAUUGAGUUAUUUAUAUAAUAAAUCUGAGCAUUUUGUGAGCAUUA